AUGAUGCCCAAGAAGCAAAGCCCAUGGCAUGACACCCAGGUAAACAAUAAGACCAACAAACCUAUGCUGAACAAAAAGGGGAAGUUGUUAUCAGUGAACACGUCUCGUACCCCCGGUGGAGGUCAGUCUGGCAGCAGUGUGGAUAAAGUCAGGCUCAGCAGCAGCAGAAGCAGCAACUCUGUCACUGCUGGCAGCAAGCUUGGUAUCAGCCUGAAGAGAAGCAGUAACCAUCAGUGGCCCAAACAAGUGCCUCAGUUAUCCAAACCUGCUGUUCAUCUCAGCAGCAGCAGCCAGAGCGUUUCAUCCCUGAACACCUCCUCGCUCUCUGCUGCAACCUUCUUGACCAGCAGCGGCUCCCUCGGCAGACUGGACCAAAGUUUCAGCGACAAUGAAACAAAGAAAGGAAAAUCUUCAGAGAAGACAGUUGUUCAUGAUCAUUUAUCCUCUCAAGAGCUCCUCAGCUCCCUUCCAAAGCAAAGGACUCAUCUGAAAUCACAGAACUCAGAUGCACAGUCAGCCGAGAAAGUGACGCUUCCGAGCAGCUGUUUGCACGAGCGCUGCAGAGUUGGAGCGCAUGAAACCUCUGAGUGGGCUGAAGAGCAACAGCAGACAGAGCCGGAGCCAAAACUACAGCCAAAGAAAGAGAAAAGUUCAUCAUCUUCAUCUCCAGUGACCUCUUCUCAGGAAUCCAUCACCAGUUCACCAUCCACAGACUGCACCAAGUUUCCCAGCGGUCCUCAUCAGGUGGAGGAAGGUGGAGGUGCUUCCUGUUACCAGCUGCCACUUCAUGUUGGAACCACGCAGAUUGAUUUAGCAGAUGCAUCAUCCCAAGAUGGAGAUGAAAGCAGCCGCUGUAGUUCAACAACGGUGCCAUCAAAUGCAGAGUAUUCUGACAAAAGUUCAAACAAACUGGAUGAAAGUCAGCAGCCAUGGCAGCAAAGUGAAAACACACUCAUGACAGAAGAUCAACAGCUGUCCAAGAAUGUAACUUGUCCCUCCAUCCUGGAGACAGACAAACUGGGAUGUGAGCAGCAAACUGGCCGACUCGUCAAAGAAAAUGAUGACUCACUUUGUGGCUCUUCAUUAGAACAAGGAGUGGCUUUGCAGCGAGUCCAAAAGAUGAACCAUGAGCUAUGUUUUGAGUUGGAGGCACUAAAGAGCAGACUAGAUGAAGCCAGAGAGGCUGAACUACGCUGGAGGCUUGAUCUCUUAGCUCAGCAGGCACAGUUGCUGGUCACUGGUGACGCCAAUGCACUUGCACAAGCCCGCCUAGAGCAAAACCAGAGGUAUUUUCAGGAGCAGCAGGUGGAGUGGGAGCGCUGUGUGGCCUCCUUGAAGUCUCAGCUGAGCAUCAGUGAGGAACAAAGGAAGGAGGCUGAGUCCCGUUUAUCACAGCAACAGGAAAUGCAGGACUACAAAUGCCUCCAGCAGGAGGCUGAUAGCUUGCGGAAAAAGCUCCAAGAGGUGACAAGUAAACUUUGUGCCAACGAGGAAGCGCAAGCACAGAAAGAGGCUCAUCUGCAGAAACACCUGGUCCUUCUUCAAGAGCUUCAGGAAAGACUGGAUAGGGCUGAACAGCAGGUGGAGAACCGAAAUAAGAGUCAGUCAUGGGCCCAAGGAAUUAAGGAGGCUCAGCAGCAGCAUCAUGAGGAGCUUGUCCGUACCGUAUCUGCUUUACAGAAGCUCCAGGAAGAGAGAGAGCAGCUGAACUGUCGCUGCCAGGAGUUGCAGAACCAGCUGUCUGAGGCAGAUGUGCAAGUGAGCAGGAUGCAGAACCGAUUGGAAGCAGAGGAGACAAGCUACUACAAUCUUGGGCACUCGUAUGAGAGGGUGUGCGAGGAACUGCAAGUGGCCUUGGAGAAGGUGCAGCAAAGAGAGUCAGAAACACAGGAUGUACGUGAAGACUAUGAGAGACUUCUUGACAUGAAGGAACAAGAACUAAGAGAGGUUUUGUUGAAGAUGGAGAUCUUGGGUAAUAGUCUUGAGGAGACUGAAUGUAACUGCAGGAAGUGA